AUGAAAAUUGAAGUAGCUGAAGAAGAAAUUAUCCAAAGUUCAGUUUAGAAGAAUUAUACAUAAUAUUUACAAAUGUAUUAUGAAGUAGAAUAGGGUAAGGAAUAUAACUUGGACAUUUAUAUGUAUCCAGAGAAUCUGUAUAAAAUAAAUCAAGUAGAAAAAAGGGAUUGCCCUGACAAUUGCUCCGAAAAAGGAUUAUGCUAAAAGUUAGAAUGUUAAUGUUUUGAAUUGAUAGCAGGGUAAGAUAUGAGAAAAAAUAUUUCUAGAGAUAGAUGUUAAUAUGAUAUUGAGCCUAUUUUUGAUGAAAGUAAAUAUAAUGUUGAAAUGAUACCUUAUUAAAGUAAAAUAAUUGCAAUUUAUUUGCAAUAGGAUGACAUUGUGGAUGAUUAACAGUAUUAUUAUUUCUUAAAAUUGAGGUAGAUAAGAAAUGUCAAGAUUGCAAUAAGUCCAUCUAUUAAUGCAACAAUUUAUUUUUUGUUUCCAUUUGAAAUACCUUACAAAUCAUUAAAAAAUAAUAAACUAGUAUUUGAUGGGAUUAUUGGUUAAGAAGGUCAAGAGAUAGAUUUUUCUGAUAAAUUUGAAUCUUAUCAUCUAAAAUCUGCUAAUUAUUCGUUUGUCUUGAUACUUUAAAAUCCCUACUCUUUGAACAUAAAUUUUUCUCUUGGAUAUGACAUGCUGGAUAAUGAUAAUUAAUUUUAAGACUUUAUACUAGUAAUAAUAUUGAGCAUAGUGUCAUUUAUAAUUUUAUUGGUUAUUAUAUAUAUUGUUAAAAAGCGAUGUGAAAAUAUGUAAGAGAAAAAAAAUAAAGGUAAUUAAAGUCUGAACUCAUAAAAGGGAUUAUUGCAUUUAAUGGGAAUCGUGGAUCCAGCAAAAGAUUAAGAAUGCAUCAUUUGCUUAGACCUUUUAGAUUAAAAACCAUGUAGGAUCACACCGUGUAAACACAUUUUACAUGAAGCAUGUUUAAAUUAAUGGUUGUAAAAAUAAUAAAAUUGUCCAAUUUGCAGAGAGACAUUCCUUGAUGAUGAAGGAUAUCCUAAAUAUGUUAAGACUAGAAAUCAGACAACUACAUUUUUAAAUCAUCAUAUAUCCUAAUAUGGAAUACAGUGA